AUGACAGUUCGUGAAGUAUAUCCUGAAGAGAAGAUCUCUUCUUCUUCCCUUUUACAUAGAAGUUUGAAUGAUUCUCCGCAUUUGGUCGAGAAGGCCAUUGGAUCUUAUCUAUACUUACAGAAUGGGACCAAGAUCCUCGACUCUUGUGGUGGUGCUGCCGUUAUAUCGGUUGGGCAUCUGAACCAAACGGUGAUAGACCGAAUGGCCGACCAAUUGAGGUGUUUAACCUACGUUCAUACGCUCGAAUAUACUAGCUCACCAUCGGAAAUAUUAGCAGAAAAGCUUUUGGAAAACUAUCAUGAUCAGAUUGGUAAAGUUUUUUUCGCAACCUCUGGUAGUGAAGCUAGUGAAGGUGCUUAUAAGUUGGCUAUCCAAUAUUUUUUUGAACGUGGAUUGACUACAAAGACCAAAUUUAUUUCUCGUAAUCAGUCUUAUCAUGGUAAUUGCUUAGCUGGAUUAUCACUUUCGGGCCAUAAGGGCAGAAGAGCACCUUAUGAACAUAUUUUAAACUCGGAUUUCCAUAAAAUAAGUGAUACUAAUGAAUAUAGAGGUAAAUUAAAACAUGAGUCAACUGAUGAUUACGUUAAAAGAUUGGUUGAUGAAUUAGAAUCUAAAAUCUUGGAAAUCGGACCGGAAAACGUUGCUGGGUUCUUUGCGGAAACUAUAGUUGGUGCUACCGCUGGUUGUGUUUUACCUCCAAAAAAUUAUUUUAAAGGUAUAAGACAAAUUUGUGAUAAAUAUGAUGUACUUUUAAUUCUUGAUGAAGUUAUGUGUGGUUCAGGAAGGACAGGAACGUUUUUCGCUUGGGAACAAGAAGAUAUUGUUCCUGAUAUAACAUGUUCUGGUAAAGCACUUAGCAGUGGAUACGCUCCUUUAUCGGCUAUUUUCAUUGGUCAUAAAAUUAUAAAAACUUUAAGUAAUGGAUCUUCCGCAUUUAAUAAUGGCCAUACUUAUCAAUCAUUCCCUCUAUCAUGUGCUGCUGCAAACGUUGUUCAAGAUAUCAUUUCAGAAAAUAACUUAUUACAAAAUGUUAAAAAUCAGGGUAAUUAUCUAGGUGAAUGCCUUUCCAGAAAGCUCCAAAAUUUGAAAUCUGUUGGUAAUAUUAGAGGUAGAGGUUUAUUUUGGGCAAUUGAAUUUGUCAAAGAUAAAUUGUCCAAGGAACCGUUUGAUCCUUCCGUGAAAUACGGUUAUCGGGUUCAAAAAACUGCUUGGAGUAACGGUUUAGCCGUUUAUCCUGGAUCCGGUACUAUUGAUGGACACUAUGGUGAUCAUAUUUUAAUAGCCCCUUCUUUUGACGUAUCUGAAGAUCUCAUUGAAACAAUUACUAAUAUUAUUGCUCAGUCUAUUCAAGAUUGUGAAAAUAAGUACCUCCAUAGUUAG